AGUUUUCCAGUUUCAAUAACUUGCUGAGAUUGACACUGAAUAAGCUCCGCCCCCUGUUCUUUCCGAUUCCAGCCACCGCGUUCUCGGCUGAGAACAUCACGAAAACCCGGAGAAGAGAAAUCCGAGUGGGACCGGCGCCAACCACAGAGCUGCGCGUGCUCCGUCUCCAAGCUCGGGGCGCGAGUUGCCAGGACUGGUGGCUGCGGCUGCGUGGUGCUCGGCUUCAGGGGCCUGCGGGCGGCGGCUGACGGGGCGGCGCAGCGGCGGGUGCGCAGAAAGAAGCAGCUUUGAGUCUGAGCUUGAGUUUGAAAGAAGAAAUGAAAAAUAGCAAUUGGAUCAGAAAGAACUGGCUUCUGGUAGCUGGGAUUUUCUUCACAGGCAUCCAUCUCGGAACAUAUUUUAUACAGAGAGCUGCAAAACAAUCUGCAAAGUCUCAGCCUGAACGCAAACAAAAGAGUUUGAAUAAUGAACUAAAAUAAAUAUUUGGAAUUACUAAUAUGUCAUUACGCCAUUGCGUGCCGAUUAGUAUCGUAAGCAUGGAGCUAAGUAUUCAAUUUUAUAGCCACAACGCUGUAUAUUCGGACUUUCAUUCCUGAAGGAUAAUCUUGUUAAAUGUUGAAACCCACCACAAUACAAUAAAUAGAAAACUCUGGUUAACAAAAUAAAAGCUGUCUUCACAAAUUACCACCUGAAGUAAGAUGUCUCGUUUAGAAGCUAAAAAGCCCUCAUUCUGUAGAAGUGAACCACUGACAAGCGAACGAGUGAGGGCCACCCUCUCUGUCUUGAAAGGCAUCGUCACAUCCUGCUAUGGCCCAGCAGGCAGGCUGAAGCAGCUGCACAACGGCCUGGGGGGCUCUGUGUGCACAACCUCCCAGUCGGCAGCCCUCCUCGCCAACCUGCCAGUCACCCAUCCCAUUUUAAAGAUACUGACAACUUCUGUGCAGAAUCACGUGUCCUGCUUCAGUGACGGCGGCUUAUUCACAGCCAUUCUUUGCUGCAACUUAGUUGAAAAUGUUCAGAGAAUAGGUUUGACACCCACCACUGUCAUUAAGUUAAAUAAGCAGCUUUUGAACCUCUGCACCAGUUACCUAAAAUCUGAGGCCUGUGGUUGUCGAAUCCCAGUCAACUUUAGUAGCACUCAGAUCCUCCUCUGUUUGGUGCGCAGUAUAUUAACAAGUAAACCUGCCUGUAUGCUCACCACAAAGGAAGUCGACCAUAUCAGUACUUUAAUUCUGAGAGCCUUUCUGCUUAUAAUUCCAGAAAACGCCCAAGACCACAUCAUUUUAGGAAAGAGUAUAAUUGUCCCUUUAAAACAUCAAAGGGUUAUAGAUUCUACUGUGUUACCUGGAAUACUUAUUGAAAUAUCAGAAGUUCAACUGAUGAAGAUAUUACCUAUCAAAAAAUCAGAUUCCUUUAAGGUGGCACUCUUUUGUGUGUCUUUAUCCGGAGACCUUUCUGAUACUGGAGAAGGAAAUGUGGUGGUGAGUUACGGAGUUUCUCUUGAAAAUGCAGUCCUGGACCAGUUGCUUAACCUGGGAAGGCAGCUAGCUAGUGAUCACGUAGAUCUUGUCUUGUGCCAAAAAGUUAUACACCCAUCUUUGAAGCAGCUUCUCAGAACGCAUCAUGUUAUUGCUGUAGACAGAGUUGGAGUGGCUGUGAUGGAACCCCUGAGUAAAGUGACAGGAACAAGGCCUAUUGGUUCCUUGGACUCAAUCUCUCCCAGUAGUUAUGGAAGUGUGAAAGAGCUGUGCACUGCAAAAUUUGGCUUCAAACAUUUUUUUCAUCUUAUUCCUAAUGAAACAACUGUCUGCAGCUUGCUUCUCUGCAACAGAAAUGACACAGCCUGGGAUGAACUGAAGCUCACGUGUCAAACAGCACUGCAUGCUUUGCAGUUAACAAUCAAGGAACCAUGUGUUUUAUUAGGAGGUGGCUGUACUGAAACUCAUUUGGCGGCAUAUAUCAGACACAAGACGCGUAGCGAGCCAGAAGGCAUUCUUAGAGAUGACGGAUGUACCCAGACAGAACUCCAGCUGAUCGCUGAAGCAUUCUGCAGCGCACUCGAAUCUCUCGCUGGCUCUUUAGAACACGACGGAGGUGAAAUUCUCACUGAUGGGAAGUAUGGACACUUUUGGUCAGUUCAGGCUGAUUCUCCCUCUGUUGUGAACUGGCCAGAUUUGCUUUCAAGAUGUGGCUGUGGACUUUACAGCAGCCAGGAAGAACUUAGCUGGUCCUUCUUAAGGAGUGCUCGUCUUCCUUUUGUGCCUCAAACCUGCCUUCCGUGUGAAGCCACGGACUCAGCCGGCAACCUGACCUUGGACUGUUUUACUGCAAAGCUUAGUGGCCUGCAGGUGGCUGUGGAGACUGCCAAUUUGAUUUUGGAUCUUUCAUAUGUCAUUGAAGAUAAAAACUGAUGUAAGAGAAUAGCAUGUUUAUAUUACAAAAAGAAAAACUAGUGACAUGUCAAUAAAGAAAAAUAUCGAGUGUA